UGUUCGGAGGCAUUUUGCUGCAAUCAGCUAUUUGGAAAGGCUCUGGGGUUCUGUGUGAGAUGUUUACAAAGUAGCUCUCUGCCUUACAGCCAAAUAAACAGAAGAGUGUGGAGGAGAGAAGGGAAAAAAAUAUCUGCAGUACAGGGGGAGAGAGAGAGGAAGAGCGAAGCCACAGUUUUCUGCCAGCGCGGAGAGGAGCAAGAGCGGUGCCUCGUGCCCUGUGUGCGCCGUGCUUUGCAGGGGGACACAAAACCAACACGUCGGGUUUUGGUUAACCACUUCCCCCGCCGCCGCCACGGCCACAGAAAGGAAAAAGGGGACGGAGGAGGAUGGGGGGGAAGAGAGAGGAAGGCGGCCCUUUAGAGAUCUUGGCUCGUCUUGGAUUAAGCGGUUCACCCGCGGGAAUGUUUGUGCUGUUACUAAAAUGACGACAUGCUGCCUCCUUUGGGGGGAUUCUGAAGGUUUCUCAAAGAUACAACACAGUGGCUGAGUGGACUGCACUUAACUGAAAGGAGUCAUUUUGCUGGGGAAGUCGAGUAACUGCGGUUCUCUCCUCGCUCUACUGGCUGGGACGUGCUGUGCACUGUCUGGAUUAAGUUGACACUCAAGUCUGGGAUGGGCCUUGGGGAUAAACACUCCCUGGUUUCUAUUGACUUUGGAAUUUGUCUAUAGCCAAUCAACCAAGUCACACAUCAGAUUUUGUUUUUUCACUGCCUGAGAAAGGUUAUGAUAUUUUCAAAUAGUUUUUUUUUUAUUAAUAAUUUUCAUUUUCUUUGACUCAUUUUUCUACUGGUUGUGGGGAAAAAAAAAAGAGUCCUGCUGAUGUUGAUUUAAAUAAUGUCGAAACCAAUGGGACUCCUAUGGCUGCCUUUGAUCUUCACUCCAGUGUGUGUCAUGCUGAAUUCCAACUUCCUUCUAUGGAUAACUGCACUGGCUAUAAGAUUUACCCUUAUUGAUGGCCAAGCACAAUACCCAGUGGUUACCACAAAUUACGGCAAAAUACGUGGUUUAAGAACACCUUUGCCCAAUGAAAUCCUUGGUCCAGUGGAACAGUAUCUGGGUGUUCCUUAUGCCUCUCCUCCAACUGGGGAAAGGCGAUUUCAGCCCCCAGAGCCACCAUCAUCUUGGACAGGUGUCCGUAAUGCCACACAAUUUGCUGCUGUCUGCCCACAGUACCUGGAUGAGAGGUCACUGCUCAACGACAUGCUGCCAGUCUGGUUUACAGCCAAUCUGGAUACUGUGGUGACAUAUGUUCAAGAUCAGAAUGAAGACUGCCUGUAUUUGAAUAUCUACGUGCCCACAGAAGAUGGAGCCAACACAAAGAAAAGCGCAGAUGAUAUAACCAGUAAUGAUCGUGGUGAAGAUGAAGACAUUCAUGAUCAGAACAGCAAGAAACCAGUUAUGGUCUACAUUCAUGGCGGAUCUUACAUGGAGGGUACUGGCAACAUGAUUGAUGGGAGCAUUCUCGCAAGUUAUGGAAAUGUCAUUGUUGUCACCCUCAAUUACAGGCUGGGGGUAUUAGGUUUUUUAAGUACUGGAGACCAAGCUGCAAAAGGCAAUUACGGAUUGCUUGACCAAAUCCAGGCUUUGCGUUGGAUUGAAGAAAAUAUUGGAUCUUUUGGAGGAGACCCAAAAAGAGUAACUGUUUUUGGAUCUGGUGCAGGCGGUUCAUGUGUCAGUCUUCUGACACUCUCUCACUAUUCAGAAGGUUUGUUCCAAAAGGCAAUCAUACAGAGUGGAACAGCCUUGUCCAGCUGGGCAGUGAACUACCAGCCUGCCAAGUAUACUCGGAUAUUGGCAGAUAAAGUCGGCUGCGACAUGCUGGAUACCACUGAUUUGGUUGAAUGCCUUCGGAAUAAGAACUACAAAGAACUCAUUCAACAGACCAUCACUCCAGCCACGUACCACAUUGCCUUUGGGCCUGUGAUAGAUGGAGAUGUGAUUCCAGAUGACCCUCAGAUUCUCAUGGAGCAAGGCGAAUUCCUUAACUAUGAUAUAAUGCUGGGUGUGAAUCAAGGGGAAGGUUUAAAAUUUGUGGAUGGCAUUGUAGACAAUGAAGAUGGUGUUUCUCCCAAUGAUUUUGACUUCUCUGUCUCCAAUUUUGUGGACAAUCUAUAUGGUUAUCCAGAAGGGAAAGAUACACUCCGAGAAACCAUUAAGUUCAUGUACACGGACUGGGCAGACAAGGAAAACCCUGAAACAAGACGAAAGACCCUGGUAGCGCUUUUUACUGACCACCAGUGGGUUGCUCCUGCUGUUGCCACUGCUGAUCUGCAUGCCCAGUAUGGAUCUCCAACGUAUUUCUAUGCAUUUUAUCACCACUGCCAAAGUGAAAUGAAACCAAGCUGGGCUGAUUCAGCUCAUGGUGAUGAAGUCCCUUAUGUGUUUGGCAUCCCCAUGAUUGGCCCAACAGAACUGUUUCCCUGCAACUUCUCCAAGAAUGAUGUCAUGCUCAGUGCAGUAGUGAUGACAUACUGGACAAACUUUGCCAAAACUGGAGAUCCAAACCAGCCUGUUCCACAAGACACAAAGUUCAUCCAUACAAAACCCAACCGCUUUGAAGAAGUAGCCUGGUCCAAAUACAAUCCUAAAGAUCAGCUUUAUCUGCAUAUUGGCCUGAAACCUCGAGUUCGUGAUCACUACCGAGCAACAAAAGUUGCUUUCUGGUUGGAGCUUGUGCCACACCUUCACAAUCUGAAUGAAAUUUUUCAAUAUGUUUCCACAACAACUAAAGUACCCCCUCCUGACAUGACAUCAUUUCCUUAUGUUACUCGACGCUCUCCUGGUAAAUUGUGGCCAGCCACCAAACGCCCAGCAAUGACGCCUGCCAACAAUCCCAAACAUUCAAAAGACACUCACAAAACAGCUCCUGAGGAUACAACAGUUCUGAUAGAAAACAAACGAGAUUACUCCACAGAGCUGAGUGUCACCAUCGCCGUGGGAGCAUCAUUGCUGUUCCUCAAUAUUUUAGCUUUUGCUGCAUUGUAUUACAAGAAGGACAAGCGGCGUCAUGAGACUCACAGGCGCCCUAGCCCCCAGAGGAACACAACCAAUGAUAUCGCACGCAUACAAAAUGAAGAGAUCAUGUCAUUACAGAUGAAACAGCUGGAACAUGACCAUGAGUGUGAAUCGCUGCAGGCCCACGACACCCUGAGACUAACCUGUCCACCUGACUACACGCUUACUUUGAGAAGGUCUCCAGACGACAUUCCACUCAUGACUCCCAACACCAUAACCAUGAUCCCAAAUACAUUAACAGGAAUGCAGCCUUUGCAUACUUUCAACACCUUCAGUGGAGGACAAAACAGUACGAAUUUGCCCCAUGGACAUUCAACCACUAGGGUAUAGCUCAGCCCUUCCCCCUCACAAGCCACCUGGAAGAAAGAAAGGAAGAAAAAAAAAACACAACAAAACAAAACAAACAAACAAACAAAAAAACCAAGAAGAAGAGGAUAAAGUUAUAAUACCAUUCAUUGAACAUCUUGUCCAAAUAUUAAAUAAAAACAAGUAAAAGAGAAGGAAAGUCAUUAUUUUCUUACUGUUCCUUCCCAAAGAAACUCUGAUGUUAAAGAUCAAGUAUAAACCCUGUGAAAUGUGAAAAGUGUACAUUGCUGUUACAAUUCUGCUUUAAGAUCUCAAACCCUUUAAUUGAAAGUUGAGGCCAGAAUAAGUCACUUAAAACGAUGUUUUGAGCAUAACAAGCAAACAGACUCUUCUGGAACACAGAGCCAGAGACUGUACAGAUGUUCUGGUUUUGGCUUUUUUUUUUUUUUUUUUUUUUUAAAUAUUUUUUUUUUUUGUUUAGUUGGUUUUUGUUUGGUUUCUUUUUAAUAAAUAAAAUUUAAAAAAAAAAUCUUUAUGUGCCAUAUGAUGAAUGGCCCUUGGUAAAACAAAGACAUCAUCACGGGCUUUUACCCAGCAUAUGAAGCUGUAAUCCAGAUGGGGGAAAUAGAAUUUUAUUAUUAAUAGCAAAAAUGGAAAAAAAAAAAAAAAAAUAGAGAAGGACUGACUAUGCAGUAAAAUACGUAUAGUUCUGUGCAUAGAGGUGACUUGCCAGCCUGAACUAUAUUUAAAGAAACUUUGUAAAAAUGUACAUAGAUGUGCGUUUAAAAACAACUACAAAAAAGAAGAAGCUUUUAUUGAUGUUUUCAGUUUGAAAAGAGCUUUUAGAAAGAUUGUGCAUUCGGUUGUGACCUAUGUGUAUAUACAUUAGUCAUAUCACCUCUGUUUCCUCCAAGGCCAAGGGAGGAUUUUCUUCUUAAUUACUAGCUGUAAACAAAAAACAUGCGGUUUUUCUAACAUUUCAUUUAUAUGAGGCCAUGAUGUCAUGCAGAGGAUGAAGUUGUCUGUGUGACCUGCAUAUUUUCUCUUACAGGUUACACUUGUGCAUGUUAAAGUAUUCAUAGGAGACUGCUGUUCUUUUCUGAAACCUUUUAUUUUUUAUUUUUUUUUAAUUUUUAUAAUUUAAUUUUGUGUUUGCUUUUGUUAAAUUGCAACACAGCAAUGGAUAUGAAAAUGGAAAAUAAUACAAAACAAACAACAACAACAACAACAAAAAACAACAAUUAGUAUCAUAAGCUUGUUGAACUGAACCAAGAGAGAUAUCCAGUAAUUUGUGUUCAAAGAGUCCAGUUUGUUGUUCUUGGUUAUUGAGAUAAAUUAUAAAUUAUGAGUUAUGAUAAAUUAUGAGUUUUUGCCCCCACAGCAGCAACAAAAAAAA